GGCUUUGACGUCAAUGCACGUCAACCAGAGAACAUGAUGCCUCUUCGCGAGUCAACUCGUGUGCUCUGUGGCUGAUAGAGGCACCGCGAGCUGAAAUAUUAUAUCUGUAUUGUGUUGGAGAACGUGGUGUGACAACCCCCGGGCUCGGCAAAUGGCCUGCGUGGUAUCGCCGCGCUGACGGACAGUGUCGCCACAUUGGCGUUCAAAUUGACAGGGGCGACAAAGAAAUCAACUUUGUCUGUUUUUAAUGGACACGCUUCGAGCGGCGGCGUCGGCGGCGGCAGCGGCGGCAGCAGCAGCAGCGGGCGGUUUGUUUUCCUUUCGUCUUUAUCUGUAGCUGCUCAGAGCAAGCGAGCCCGUGUGAGCACCCCCCCCCCACCUCCUCCUCCCCCUGUGUGUCCCCGGCUCGUCUGGCUACCUCCUACCCGUCCACAAACAGUCAAAUUUAGAACAGCAUGGUCAUGGCUGACAGUGUCCAAAAACCGCUGAUCCGGGGUCCGGUCCGAGUGGGCUUCUACGACAUCGAGCGCACUUUAGGAAAGGGCAAUUUCGCUGUCGUGAAGCUGGCCCGACACCGUAUUACCAAGACCGAGGUGGCCAUUAAGAUCAUUGACAAGACCCAACUGGAUGCUGUCAACCUGGAAAAGAUCUACAGAGAAGUUCAGAUCAUGAAGAUGCUUGACCACCCCCACAUCAUCAAGCUCUACCAGGUGAUGGAGACGAAGAACAUGCUUUACUUAGUCACGGAGUAUGCCAAGAAUGGGGAGAUCUUCGACUACCUGGCAAAGCACGGCCGUCUCAGCGAGCUGGAAGCCAGGAGGAAGUUUUGGCAGAUCCUGUCGGCGGUUGAGUAUUGUCACAACCGCAACAUCGUCCACAGGGACCUGAAGGCAGAGAAUCUGCUGCUGGAUGGCCACAUGAACAUCAAGAUUGCAGAUUUUGGAUUCGGGAACUUCUUCCAGCCCGGGGAGCCUCUGGCCACAUGGUGUGGCAGCCCACCUUACGCUGCUCCGGAGGUUUUUGAGGGACAACAGUAUGAGGGCCCACAGCUUGACAUCUGGAGUAUGGGGGUGGUGCUGUACGUGCUGGUGUGUGGUGCAUUGCCCUUCGAUGGGCCCACCCUGCCUGUGCUCAGACAGAGAGUCCUAGAAGGAAGGUUUCGCAUUCCCUACUUCAUGACUGAAGAUUGUGAGCACCUGAUCCGCAGGAUGUUGGUCCUGGACCCGUCAAAGCGUCUGUCUGUGGCCCAGAUCAAGGAGCACAAGUGGAUGGCUCUGGAUGUUCCAGUACAGAGGCCUGUCCUGUACCAACAGCCCCUGCCUGCUGAGGGCGAGGUGGGUUUGGGAGAGUACAGCGAACAGGUCCUUCGCCUGAUGCACAGCCUCGGCAUCGACCAGCACAAGACUAUAGAGUCUCUGCAGAACAAAAGCUACAACCACUUUGCUGCUAUCUACUACCUGCUGGUGGAGCGGCUCAAGGCCCAUCGCUGCAGCUUCCCCGUCGAACAGAGGCUCGACGCCCGCCAGCGACGGCCCAGCACCAUCGCUGAACAGACCGUCGUCAAGUCGACCAGUGGUUCAGCCCAGGUCGGUUUGCUCCCUCAGGGUGUUCGUCUGUUGCGCUCCCCUGCUGUGUCCCAAGCCUCCUCCGAUGCUUUCACCUUCCCCCAGUCUGCAUGUCCCCUGGAGCAGAAUUUCAUGGUGGAGGACAUCAACACGCCCAAAGUGAAUGGCUGCCUGCUGGACCCCCUGCCUCCCCCCACUGUCCUCCGCAAGUCAUCCACUUCAUCACCUAGCAACAUGAUGGAGACGUCGAUCGACGAGGGCAUCGAGACUGAGGAGCCCGACACAGAGGAUGAUCCGCCCCACCUGCUCUCGGCCUAUCAGACGGCUCGGUUUGGCCAGCGGCGACACACCCUCUCUGAGGUCACCAACCAGCCAGGGCCUUCAAACCAAGGUAAAUUAUUCGCUCUAGGGCACAACCCCUCCAUGGGUAGCGUGGACUCAGACAUCGGCUACGACAUGGGCUCCAUGCACAGCGACCUUGGUCUGCUGGAGGAUCCCCCCUCUCUCAGUGAAGUGGUACCAGCCAACAGCUCUGCCCCCGGCAUCACUCCUACACCUUUCUUGAGCGCCCGGCCCGCCAACCCAGCAAUGGCUGCCCUGACUUCCCAGCAUAGGGAGGCACACAACCGCUCCCCUAUCAGCUUCAGAGAAGGACGCCGCGCCUCCGACACCUCCCUCACCCAAGGUCUGGUUGCGUUUCGUCAGCACCUUCAGAACUUGGCGAGGACCAAAGGCAUCCUGGAGCUGAACAAAGUGCAGAUGCUGGUGGAACAGAUGGGCUCCGGGGAAGGAGCUGUCAUGGGCCCCCUGGGACCACAGCACCACUUUCACAACCUCCUGGAGGGUGAGGCAUCCAAGCAGCAGGAGGGCCUAGCUUUAUACCAAGGUGGACCGCAGCCGCCUCUCCUGUCCCGCAGACAGAGUUUGGAGACGCAAUACCUCACUCAUAGACUACAGAAGGCCAGCGUCUUGGCUAACAGUCCUGCUAGCUGCCAACUUUUCUGUAAGGAGACUCCUCGAAGUUUAGAGCAACAGCUGCAGGAACACAGACUGAACCAGAAGAGGAUGUACCUGCAGCAAUCACAGGGCAUGGGGCUACCGGUUUACUUCAACCAGAUGCAGAUAGCUGAAGGAUCUUACCCGACAGGCAGCCCUGCUCUGGACCUGGCGGCAUCUCAAAGUUCCCCUCAGGGGCCCCCCAUGUCGGCCACCCAUCAGCCUCAGCCCCAGCAGCAGGGCAGUCCUCAGGCCUCGCCUCCCUUCAGCCACCCCCAUAGCUUGAGCCCCUUGAUGGAACCGGGAGAGGGUCUGGUUUAUGAUCCCUACAUGAGCCACCACCACUACACCCAGCACCUUCCCCCUGGAUCUCAUCUCCAUCACCAGCUCCACCAUCCCCAGCCCCAUGAAGCCUCUGCCAGCGGCCUGGGCUUCAGCUACGCUGCAGGCUGUGAGCAGCAGGCCCUGGGGCUUUCCACCGAAGCUCGUCACCCAGAGCAGUAUGAGUUCCUGCUGGACCCCACCUCUCUGGUCCCGCCUGCUCCAGGAGAUGCUGAGGCCGGAGCUGUGGCUGGGGUUUUGGCUGGUCCGGGGCAGUCAGACGGCCUGAGCCUGCCUGAGCUGCAGGGCUCCCUCCUGGACAGUGAGAUGAUGGAGACUGUGGACUCCCAGCAUGGCUUCGUACUGGUCAACUAAAGACAGCCGAGGGGCUCAAUAGAAAGCAGUAUUAAGCAGUGAGAACCUACAAAUCAUUAAGAGCAGAGAGAAUGGAGAUAUAAGUGGAGGCUGCACGCGUAGCAACAGGGAAGGAAGUGUUAAUUUUUGUACGACUAAUACAAACUUCAUUUCUUAGUUGUGAUGAACCUCAGACAACAUUUCUACCAAAAUCCUCCCUUAGCCUACCUCCCUUUCUCCCUCUCCUCCUCUGUUCUCGUUCUCAUCAGCACUGCGAGGCAGGAACAGGUCCGAUUUGUGGCCCAGUGUGAGCAUCACCUUGCUGACUUGACGAGGCUGCUGUUGUCACAGACGUUGUGCCCCCUGUGAGGACUGCGCCGUGCAGCCCGGGGUGGGGGGAGGGGGUUGCUGCACAUCCUGGAGGCUGCCAGAGUGCGGCAUUUCACGUACAAAUGGUUUGAAAGUGAACUUAUUUAGGACUGACUGACUGGCAACCAAAAGCACAAAUAGCUGGCAGUGCUUUUUGUAUUUAAAAUAGGACGCCAUCUACAACACACAUCUCAAAACACUUUUGUGCAUUUUUUAAAUUUCAUUAGCUAAAAAAACAAGUGGACAAGAGAAAAUGGCCCUCAUUUAUCACGGUACCAUGGAUAUCACCGCAAAUUCAAGUGUUAAAAGUGUCCAUUUUUAGGAAUUAAUUUACACACUAAUGUGAGUGCAGAGGCUAACAUGGUCAUGCAUAGGUUUCAACACUAACAUUUAGAGUAUUCCUCAAAAAAGCAGGUAACUUUGUUUGCCAUUUGCCUAAACAAAUACUCUAAACAUGCGGAGCGAAGCACCAGGUCAGUGAGUAAUGCACCAUUUGUUGAGCUUUUGCUACAUUUGUGCUUUUUACAGCGAUAAACUCUCUCAAAGCUAUUUUUUAGUUAACUGACUAUUGAAAAUAAUCGGUAUAGCUGCAGGCUUUUGUGUAAGCUCUGUGACAUAAAUAAUAGGGUUGUUUUUUUGUUUUGUUUUUUUUCAUUUUUGGUUUUUGUAACUUGUAACUACUGAUCCUGAUUUAUUUCUUACACUACUGAACUGCUUUUCCACCUUUCCAUCCGAUUGCACACACUUGCCAGGUUUCAUUACACUCAAUACCAUGAAGAUAAUUACCAGUUUUUGCAGGUGAAGUGGCCAUGCGUCUAUUUAACAGUUGAAUUGUGGGUCAUGCGUUUGCCUGAUAAAUGAGGGCUGACGUAAUUAAUGUGUGUUUGGCUGAGAAGUUGCGGUGUUAGACAGUCGAUGUUAUUCUAUUUUUGUGGCAAUACUGAAGCAAUAUUAAUCCUAAAUGUUGAGGGAUUAUGAAAGGAAGCCUCACCUGUACAGCCAGCUUUGAUUGGUUCCCGGGGACCUCUGAGUCGUCAGCAGUGACAUCACUUGAGCUGAUGAUGUAACCAGGAUAUAAUCUCUCGCUUACUCGCCCUGGAAGUGCAGGGACAAGCCUGGAGACAGUUGUAUGACUGUGUGUGUGGGUGUGUUGGUGUGUGGGUGUUUGGGUGGGUGUUUGAGUGUGUGUUUGAGUGUUAUCAUGUUUGUUUGCACAAUUCAGACUUUAAAUUUUUCUGCAUCCAUCACAUCAUUUGUCGUCAUUACUGAAAAAGACAAACACUGCAUUGACGCCUCCAUUCAAAAGGACACAAACUGUGCUUUUCCCUCAGCGCACAGUGGUAGCUUUUAGAUUAAUGCUGGUUUACAUCCUCAAUGCUCCAGUCAUGCUUCUGUGUUGUUUUAAUGAUGAAUCAUGUUUAUAAUAAUGGAAUGACCCCUUAAAGAUUUCCCGCUUUAGAUUUAAUGAAAGAAUGUCUCCUCUCUGACGUUGGGGCUGCUGUGAGACAAAGACCAGCGGAUCAUCAUCAGUCACCUGACACUGGAUUUCGACUAUUGGCUCACCGCCGCUCUUUGACUGACAGCAAGCCAGCGACAAGAUGAGGUUGUUUUUUUUUG